AUGAACGUCAAUGUCUACCUGCCCAAGCAAUACUAUGCCCAGGAUUCUUCAAGGAGCAGGCCCAUUCCCACAGUGGUCUACCUUUCUGGUUUGACUUGCACUCCAGACAACGCCUCUGAGAAGGCGUUUUGGCAGUUCCAAGCUGACAAAUAUGGGUUUGCGAUGGUUUUCCCAGAUACCUCUCCCCGUGGUGACCAAGUCGCAAAUGAUCCUGAAGAUUCGUGGGACUUUGGGCAGGGUGCAGGGUUCUACCUCAACGCCACCCAGGAUCCGUACGCCCAACAUUACCAGAUGUACGACUAUGUCCACAAGGAGCUACCACAAACGCUGGAUGCACACUUCAACAAGAACGCCGCCGCUAAGCUGGACUUCCUGGAUAACGUGGCCAUCACAGGCCAUUCGAUGGGCGGGUACGGUGCCAUCUGCGGGUACUUGAAGGGCUAUGCUGAAAGAAGAUACAAGUCCUGUUCUGCAUUCGCGCCCAUCGUAAACCCUUCCAACGUUCCCUGGGGCCAAAAGGCGUUUAAGGGUUACCUAGGCGAUGAAAGGGCACAAUGGCAAGCUUACGAUCCAUGUGCGCUAAUCAAGAAUGUCAAGCGUGUGGGUGACGACAGGGUUUUGAUCCAUGUGGGGGACGAAGAUCCCUUUUUAGAAAAACACUUGAGACCGGAAUUGCUACUUGAGGCUGCAAAGUCUACUUCAUGGGAAAACCAUGUCCAAGUAAAAAAAGUGCACGGGUUUGAUCACUCUUACUACUUCGUUAGCACUUUUGUUCCAGAACACGCUGAAUUUCAUGCCAAAAAUUUGGGGUUGAUCUAA